CUCUCCUCUGCUCCAUUACUUCCUCCUCGUCGUGCUCGUCGCCGUCGUCGGAGGAGAACAAGAAGAGGAAAGAGGAUGUCGGACUGGGGUCCGGUGGUGAUCGCGGUGGUGCUGUUCGUGCUGCUGUCGCCGGGGCUGCUGCUGCAGCUACCCGGGAAGCACCACUUCGUCGAGUUCGGCAACAUGCACACCAGCGCCAUGUCCAUCCUCGUCCACGCCAUCAUCUACUUCGCGCUCGUCGCGCUCUUCGUCAUCGUCAUCGGAGUACACAUCACAACCGACUAGACCGGCUAGGCUAGCUAACAAGAGCCUUCAACUCAUCCUGCCAUGCCUCCUGUCUCUAAUUUCUUCUUCUUCAUCCUCUUUAUGUUCUUUUCUUUCUUCUGACUGAUGCCCCUGUGUUCUUUCUUCCUCUCCAUGCAUAUGUAACAUUGUCCAAACUGCCAUUAAAUAUCUCAGUUCCAUA